AACAAAAAGCCUGUCAUAAUGUCCCUACCAGGUUGAAAUCACAGCCUAUUUUCCACUAUAAAAAUAUGCACUAUAGUCUUCUAUAAAUAUAUUUAAGUAUACUAGUAAUCUGAACACUACAUAUGCCACACGUUGUUAAAUUGACGAUAAAAGUUCAAUGCGGUUGAAGAGAAAAGCAAUGUACCUGCAUGUAGAGCUUAACUAGUUAAAGUUCAAGAAGUUUUGCUGGUGCUGUCUCCAGUUCCUUCAUCUCUUCAACAAAGCAAAAGUUUUGUAGCAUUAGCAACAUAGGAGUAUAAAACAGCAUAGGAGUUGCUUAGCAACAUGGUACAAGCCGCGCAGAAGCUGAUUCUUCAUGUCGCGAUUUUCCUUGUUGCUCAUCUUCUGACACUAGUCAGCGCAACUGAGAAGCACACGAAAAAGAUUAUUCAUGAAUGCAGCGACUACAAAAUCCUUCAGCCAAGUCCAAAGUUGUCCUUACAAAUUAUCCUACAUGCAAUUCUCCUCUGGGCUUCCAUGGGUUUCUUGAUGCCUAUCGCGGUUCUUGUAAUAAGAAUGAAAACUCAAGAGGAAAAUGGAAGAAGGCUGAAGAUGAUUGUGUAUGCUCAUGCUGCUUUACAGAUAGUAUCUGUUCUCCUUGUAGCAAUAGCAAUAAUCAUGUCAGUAAUAAACUUUGAGAACUUUUUCGAUAACACUCACCAGAGACUUGGCUUAGCUCUAUAUGUUGCAAUAUGGUUGCCGUUAGUAGCUGGAAUUUUUCGACCAGACAGAGGAACCAAAUAUAGAGGUGUAUGGUAUGCAUUUCACUGGCUUAUUGGAGUCACAGUUACUUUACUGGGAAUCGUCGCUGUAUAUUUAGGUUUACAGGCUUACAACACAAAAACAAGGAGAAGCAUAAGAGUUUGGAACUGGCUUUUCAGUGCUGAGGUUGCUGUUAUCGCGUUCAUCUAUCUGUUACAAGAAAAAUGGCACUAUAUAAAGCAAUCAGGAGGGAUUUUGAGCAAAGAUUCAGUACGACCAACGGAUCAAGAAGCAUCUCCAACUCAGAAAAAGGAACUGGCACCCAUGUCAUAAUCAGAGCCAUGUUAAGAUUUGCGACAAACAAAUAAUUUUGCCUUCAACUAACAUAGAUUUUCUUCCUUUUUAACUACUAACAUUAAAUUCUUUCCAAUUUUGUUACAAUUUUUUUUUUUUUUUUGGUAAGGUUCUAUUUUGUUACAAUUUCACAAAAGAUAAUAGAUUUUUGUGUAGUACUAUCAAUGUAUAGCAUUAUAUUCAGUCGAUAAAAUGAAAGAUAUUGUCCUUUACAUUGCCAAAAGGAUAAAACCUCUGCAUUGGUGAUA